GCCCUCUUCCUUUCCAGCAAUGCAGAACUGUUCGACAUAGGUAGGCGGCCAGGACGUGCCUCGGCCCUCGACCACUGCACCUCGGCUGCCAGGACGGCCCUUGUCUCUCGUCAUCGUAGCCAAUUCCCCGUGGCCUCAGUGGAUCCAAACCUGAGCCUAUUGAGAUGGAGAUAACGAUAUGACAUUGGCGCCGAGCCAGCAGCGAAGUCUAUGCGCGCGCAAGAGGAGCGUCGUGUUCAAGUAAUAGACACCGAAUUCAUGCAACAGAUAAGCGCAGAGGCCAUCGCAAAUGAAGACGAAAUCAAAUGAACAAAUGCAGCCUUGGCGACGGCAAAUGUCGUUCGUUCGGAGCCGCCGCGCGCUCACGUCCCACUGGUUCCUCCAACAUCUCGGGCUGUCCGCAAGGGGGAAGAAGCUUGAGGCGCAGAGUCCACAGCGCACACUGUCGUUCGUCGUACCAUCCCGGCGGGUUCUAGAGCUCCACGGCAUCGGUUUAGCCCUGUUUGUGUUUGUUCUUUCUCUCUCUCGGAUCCGGCCUAGACCGUUCUAGUUGACCGAGGCAGACGCACUGGACGGACACUCAGAGAUUAUACGCGUAGAUGACGUUUUCCAUCUCAGGCAAAUGGCCACAAGACCACCUCACUCCGGCAUCAUGAUUGGCCCUUGACGGUUCAAAGCAACUUUUUUAUGGUGCCUUUUUUUCUGCCUUUCUUCCCUUCCCCUGCUCUCUCUCUCUCUCCUCUUUGAAGAAAAGGCGAGAAGGAGGUGUUCAUGCCGUCUUUUGCUAUGAAAAGAGGUCUGUCCGCCUGCCUGAUUUUUUAGCUGACUUUGGAGUGAGGCUGUCAGCAGGGAAACUCUGGCGCCGAUUUGAUUGUCAUCGAGUUUCGAAAUCUCACCUGGACACUGCGCUUCCGUGGAAUAAUUCGCCUUGCUCUCACAGUCUUGGCUAAUUUUACACAUAUACAUACGCACGGAUCGACGGAUACACCUCCUCGUCUGCCUUCUGGCGGCUCUUGACUGCAUCAUUUACUACACAAUAGACAUUCGGAGUCCUCGGGAUACCCCUGACAACGUCCCGUACAACGGCUACAUCUCGAUAUAAUCGCCUCGUCGCUCCAUCCAACAUCAACCACCCUGGCUCGGUUGAGUGGCCUAAUAGCUGACGACUUUUGCUGCAUUGAUCUUGCAUGAAAAGACGGGACCAACCUGCAUCAACGGAAACAUUGGCCCAAAACACCAUCGCGACACACGCACAUCCGACCGCAAGAAAAGGUUACUGGGUAGAAUUCCAGAGAGCAGACAACGGGUCGAGACUCUUUACGCCCCUCCGGUCCUGCACCCUUGAGCGAGCGACAGGAAUUUGAUCCCUUCUUUUCCCACCCCUUCUUAGCGUCCCAACGUCGGCCUGCGCUUCGAUUUCUUCUUACUUGCAUCACCAGCCCGCAGCUGCAACCUACGACAACGACGACGACGACGACGACGGUAAACCGCCGUAGCACACGCAGUGUAAACGCACACACAUCAUCGUCUUGCAGGCAUUUCAAACCACAGCAAAACGACUGCAAAUCUCGCCAGACAUGUCGCCUGCCGCGCAAGCGCCCCCGACGGCCGCCGAAAAGCUGGCGUCCUUCUUCUCACGUCUGAGCCCUGUGCCGUCCCUCCCCGACUACACCGGCCCCUACAAGGUCGGCACCGUUGACAUCGAGGUGCCCGUUUCCGAGCUUGAGUCGCCGAGCCCGACCCCUUACAGCGCCUCCGACAUCCACACUGUCCAGUGCCGCAUCUUCUACCCUGCGACCCCCGAGUCCAACGGCAAGAGGAUCAAUUGGCUGCCUUCGCCUCAGAGACAGCAUGUCUCGGCCUACACCCAAUUCAUUGGCAUCCGCCCGGUGCUCGCAGACAUUAUGUCAUUCCUCCCGCGACACUUGCACUACGCGACGAUUCCCGUCCACAAGAACGCCGAGAUCCUCGAACCCGAUACCCCGAACCGACGAUGGCCGACCAUGAUCUUCUCCCACGGUCUCGGCGGCAACCGGAACACGUAUUCCCACCUGGCCGGCUCGCUGGCCUCCCACGGCAUCGUCGUCAUCUGCCCUGAGCAUCGCGACGGCAGCGCCGUGGCCUCCUUCGUGCGCAUCCCCGGCAAGCAGGAUCAGUACUUCAUGCGCGACACCCGCCGCGUCGUCCCUUACGUCCGUCUCGAUCACGACGCGCGCCCUGAGAUCUACGAAGCGCGUGAGGACCAGCUGCGCAUCCGCCUGUGGGAGCUGGGCCUGAUCCACGUGGUGGCCAUGAACAUGGAUCUCGGCCUGGCCAUGUCAAACCUGAACAAGUCGACGCCCAGCCUGACCCAGUUCAAGAACAAGCUUCACGUCCACGAGCCUGGGUGCAUCAUUUUCGGUGGCCACAGUUUCGGCGCCGCCUCUGUCGUGCAGUUCCUCAAGACCACGUACUAUUCCGAGUCCUCCGCCCUCGCCCACGUCGCCAAGCCCCUCUUCACCCCGCGCAAGGACUCGGCGCUGUGCCGGCAGAUCACGGAAAAGAACGUCACCAUGCUUCUCGACAUGUGGUGCUUCCCGCUGCUCGCCCCAGGCUCCUCGGAGCUCUUCCAACUGCCCCUGCCGGCGUACGCGAACAAGCCCACGGCCCCCGGCGGCAGCGCCAUCCUCGCCGUCGAGUCGGACGCCUUCUUCAAGUGGAACGACCACCUCCACGUCACCGCCCGCGUGCUGUCGCCGCAGCCCUCGGUCAACGUCAUCACGUCGCAGCUCUUCAGCCGCAGCGGCGUCCGCCUCGCCGAGCCAAAUUUCUUCUACGUCCAGAACUCGGCGCACUUGAGCCAGUCGGACUUUGGCGUCCUGUUCCCCUGGCUGACCAAGAAGAUCUUCAAAUCGGAGGAGCCGGAGCGCGCGUUGCGGCUGAACCUGAGGGCGCAGCUGCAGCUUCUGCGGUCCAACGGUGUGCCGGUGGCGAGGACGUGGAUCGGCGACCUGGUUGACGGCACGGGGUCCGGCAAGAUGGGCAUCUCGGGCGACGAGGACGGCGACAACGGGCCGCACGACGGGCUCAUGGACGACAAGACCAUCUUCGACCGCUCCGAGGGCAAGGUGCAGUACUGGAAGUGGAUCGACGUCAUCGGCAUGGGCGAGGCCAAGGAGGUUUCCAGUGCCGAGACGACGACCAACGGCGCCGGCGGGUCGGCCGUCAACGCGCAAGUUGCCGGCGUCGAGCGGACGGACCAAAACAUGGAGGACGAGCUGGAGCCCCUGCAGGCGGUUGCAAGCGCCGCGCAGGCCGGGGCGAUGCGGUCAUGACGUUUGUGACGGGCGGUAUGAACGAGGAGGCGAGGGAACACGUGUGUAAUUGGCCAGCUCACCGCGUUGGCCGGCGUGUCAUGAUUCAGGCCGGAGUUUUGUAGAAGAAGCGUUAGCAGCAUUGCGUGUCUUUGUAGAUACCUCAGUCGAUAUUGUAUAUGAUCCACUUACACAUGAUAAAGAGUUUUCCGUGAGAGGAUGCACGUGUAAGUGAGACUUGGAGGAGCUUGAACGGACCAGAC